AUGCGGGAGAUGGAUAUCCCACCGCACAUCAUUCGAUGGUCUGCAUCUUUCCUGAAAGGACGUCAAGCCAAAGUACGAGUAAACAGUAAAUCCUCUCCUUUAAUGCUUUUCCACCGCGGCGUGCCACAAGGAACAGUUCUCGGCCCACUUAUGUUCAUUAUAGUAAUGAAUACCCUAAGCAAACGACUAUCCCAAGUUCCCUUAUUAUUUCAUGGGUUUUUCGCCGAUGAUCUCACACUAGCAGUACGACACGUCAACCGAGACAUCAUCAACAGUACACUGCAACAAGGACUAAACGUGGUGGACGAAUGGUCCACAAAUUAUUUUAUGGACAUUAAUGUGGACAAGACAAAAUACACACUUUUUGGUACCACCAACCCGCAUCCCCUUUCACUG